CACCUAACCAUCAAAGAAUACUUGAAAAAACCGAGUCAACCCGGUUCCACCUUCUGCGAUUUCUUCCAUGAAAUCUCUGUGAAUUCUUUUAUGAUAUCUUGAACCCCUCUUUUAUUCUUUUAAUCUCUUGUUGCAAUUUGUUUCUAUCACUUUUUUAGUUUGCUUUCCAGUCAUCUCAAAAUCCAUUUUAGAGUUAAAUUGGUUUCUGUCUUUCCUUUAAAAUUUAGGAUUUCUACUUUUCCGCUCAUUUUCUUCCUAUCUUUCAAAAUUGGUCUUUCAAUCUGGUUGUUUGGAAAAAAAAUUCUAAUCGAUUUUGGGAUGUAUCCUGUUAAUUUGUCCUUGCUUCUGUUUUUGUCUUUCCAUCAAAUUUCAGUUUUUCAAAUCAAUUUUAACCUAAUCCUUUUCAAUUCAAUGCCCUAUGAAUUCAUUAUGAUUUCAGUCAUAACCAACCUCCUCAUCAUUUGUAGUUUGUUUUCCUUGUCUUUCAGGGGAAAUGAUGUUGGAGCAAAUGCUCGGUGGAGACCAUCUCAGGUCAACUGUUCGACAACGAGAAAAUUGGUGGAUCUACAGUGCAAUGGAAAUCUCCCCCUGCAGAGGGAGUUGUUGAUCUCGAGCCCAAGUAAAGUAUCUCACUUUUUUGAAAUGUACAAAGAUAUUAAUCCAAGAAAUGGGUCUGAAGUUAGAAUUGCAAUCAUUUCCAUCAACUUUAAAACUUCCUUGGGGAUCACUCAUGAAACAGUUAACAACAUCAGCAUAGCAUCAUAUGUCAGUGUUAAGAGUUCUCACAACUUUGGUAUUAACGAUUAUCUUUUACAAGUGGAAGAUUACUUGAGAAGGAGGAAUAUUAUAAAAAAAUUCAUUCUUUUAGUAAGCUUCAAUCAGUAACCACACAGGCCAAGCUACAAGUGGCACACUUAGUCAGUAGAAACAGUCCUAAAUCAACAUGCAAGAACAAAAUCUUCAUGAGUAAUUAUUCUCUGACUUCCUCCUCCCAUAGAUUACAAGUGUCAUCUAGACAUAAAGUUUACAAUCCUCACAAAAAACCUUUACUGAAUAGCUUAUAUAAAACCUCAUACCAAUUUUCUUAGUCUCAUAACUCAAAAAAAAAAAAACACAUACAUAACAACUCUCAUAAAGUUUCAGAACUCUCUUAAUACACAUUUUUUAGUUUCAGUUCUUUCUAGUUCUUGGAAAAUGUCGGAUGUUCCAACUAGAAAUUACAUUGCUCAUCAUAAUGAGGUUCUUGAGGAUCAAACUCAACCUUUAUCACACUCUUUCAGAUACUAUGUUGAAUUCCUCAGAGAUGCUGCUAAGGCAAUUGAAAAAGGAAAAUUUUCCAGGGUGAUAGUCCAGAUUUUUAAGGAAAUAAAGAGAGGUGAUGAUCCUAGAGGACUUACAACAAGGGAAAUGGCUUAUGCUCUCAACAUGCUAUCUACUCCAUUCCAAACAGAGUCCAUGGGAAGCUUCUUACUAUGCGCAUGUGGAACAGUGAAUCAAGAAUUGAGGAUAUUGAUUUAAAUGCUCAAGAUUUCUGGAUCAAGUUUGAACUUGGAGGUGAUUUGGUGGAGAAAGGUUAUGUGGCUAAACAAGUUGCUGAAAAAGUGGGAAGAGUGUUCACUCUUAUUGGUCCUCUGAACUCUCAAGAGGAGUACCAAGCUCAUGUUCUUACUGAUCUAAAGAAGAUUCUGGUUCAUCAAGUCAAAAUAAUUAUUCUUGAUGGAUUGGACAGAGACAUAAUCAAAACUAGAAUCUUCUUCAUGGUGAUUCCACAUGGUACAUGCAGGAGGUGUUGGUUUGUAGAUGGUGACCAUUCUGAAGAAAAGUGUAGACAAAUAAUUAUUGCUUACAAAAAUAGUUUCCCUAAGGUAUAUGUCUAUAAUAAAGAGGUUGAGGAUGCAGGGAGUGUAAAUGAGGAAUUCCAUCAGCAAGAUGCUCAAAAUGGGAAUAGAAUGAAGUCUCUAGCAACAGCUGCAGCAAGCCUUCAAAUUUAUGACAAUGAAUUUGACAAAGUGGAUUACCAAACUAGAGGCGUCAAAAGGAGAAGGAUUGAUAAUGAUUAUUCUUUUAAUGAAGAGGAGAAUGAAAGUGGUAGAAGUGCAAAUGUUGGUAUUAUUGGGGAUGGAAGAAGGAAUGCAAGUGAAGGUCAAACUGCAAUCACAGUCAUCAGUGAAGAAAGGGAUCAAAAUGCAUAGGAGAUAAAGAAAGCUUUAAAAGGAAAAUCCCUAUGGUUGAAGAAGGUAGCAAGUCUAAAGAAGAAAGGCAGAAGAAAAAUAAAGUUGAUUGGUUCAGACUCUUAAGCCAGUAUGCAGUAAUGGGUAGAAGAAAGAGCACAGUAAUCAAAGAGCCAGGUGAAGAUUUGGGUAAAAAUUGGAUGAUGGUAAAUGAGGAGCAAAACAAAACUCCAGUUCAAAUAGCUGAGGAGGUUCUUAAUAAAACAAGUAACAACAUGGGAAUUGGUGACGCUUUGAUUUAUCUCUCAAAUCAGAGUAAUUUAAAUAAAGAAGACAUUGAAGAGAUAAAUUGUAACGAUGAGGAAAAUUCUCUUUGAUGGAGUCUAAUUGAGGCUGAAAGGAACAACAAAGCAAACCCUGAGAUGGUAAUCACGGAUGUUUCAACUAACAACACAUACCCUAUGGAAUGCAACAUAGUUGAGGAGGUAAUUUUAAAUCAAAAUUUUUACUCAAAAUUUAUCUCUAAAAGCUACUUGCAUAAAUAUGUUAGGUCUUCAUAUUUUUACUAUAAUAUGUUAUUACUUUACAUAAUGAUUAGGCUUAGUAAAAGUUGUUGCUGCAUGCAUAAAUUAGGACUUAAAACUUUAAAUUAUUUU